AAGAAUAAACGGGAACCACUGACUAUUACGUAAACAAGCGCCUUUUAAUUUGAAAUAAAUGUUACUAACGGAUGUCGUAACAUAAUUUCCAUUGGCUUCACAUUGUCAGUAAAAGCGACGCAAGUAGCAGCUUUUCGCAGAACAUUCGAGAGGCCCCUCAUACCCCCGAGGACUUUCCAGAUAGCCCUCCCGCUGUCUCUGGCCUUACUCCCGCACUGUUUCGAACGCUAUAGGGUGUUUAACUGUGCAUCUUCGAGAACCACAAACCCAUUAAGAAGCCCAGCUGUAAUCAAUACAACACCAGCACCAGCCAUCGACCACCGUUCACUGCGGCUCUUGGACGAUCAGCGUUGUGUUUAUGUCUUUGUUUUGCAAAAACGAGCUGUUGCGCAGCCGUUGGAACCUGUGUGGUGGAAAUCUAGCCUUCAAGCAAGGAGCUUGCGGCCACAGCGGCACAACAUUUUUCAUGUCAGAGACCGAGCACGCUUGCAGUCGUUUAUGUCAUCCCCUCUUUUCCAGACAGAAGAUCCCGAAAAAUCCCCAACCAAGAUCCUUUUAUCUUACUGAUAGUGCUAACAUCAAGCCAAAAUGUCUGUCAACGUCAACCGCAGCGUGUCAGACCAGUUCUAUCGCUACAAGAUGCCCCGUCUGAUUGCCAAGGUUGAAGGCAAAGGGAAUGGAAUUAAGACGGUUAUUGUCAACAUGGUUGAUGUUGCAAAGGCACUGAACAGGCCUCCAACAUACCCAACCAAGUUUUUUGGUUGUGAACUUGGUGCUCAGACCCAGUUUGAUACCAAAAACGACCGUUACAUCGUCAACGGAUCCCAUGAGGCGAACAAGUUGCAGGACAUGCUUGAUGGGUUCAUCAGAAAAUUUGUGCUGUGUACCGAGUGUGACAACCCUGAAACUGAUUUGCAUGUCAAUCCCAGGAAACAAACUAUCGGCACUUCCUGUAAGGCCUGUGGAAACCGUGGCAUGCUAGACACUAGACACAAACUCUGCACGUUCAUCCUCAAAAACCCACCUGAGACCACUGAUAGUGGAUCGGCAUCUGCAAAGAAAGAGAAGGAGAAGAAAAACCGCAAGAAGGACAAGGAGAAUGGCUCUGGCAGCGGAGAGGCUGGGAACCAAAACAACUUUGAUGCUCCUGAAGCUGUGGAACGUGAUGACGACGAUGAGGACUGGGCAGAGGAGACUACAGAGGAGGCACAGAGGCGGCGCAUGGAGGAGAUCAGCGACCAUGCCAAGAACCUGACACUCAGUGAGGAUCUGGAGAAACCGCUGGAGGAGAGAGUCAACCUGUUUUACAACUUUGUCAAACAAAAGAAGGAAAAUAGAACCAUUGAUGCAGCUGACAAGGAGAUCUUAGCGGAGGCAGAGCGUCUGGAUGUUAAGGCCAUGGGCCCUCUCAUUCUCAGCGAGCUGCUCUUCAAUGAGAAUAUCCGUGACCAGAUUAAGAAGUACAAACGCCACUUCCUGCGCUUCUGCCACAACAACAAAAAGGCACAAAAAUACCUGUUGGGAGGCUUUGAGUGUGUCGUGAAGCUGCAUCAGGUGCAGCUCCUUUCUCGAGUUCCCAUCAUCCUCAAAGACUUGUACGAUGCUGACCUGCUUGAGGAGGACGUCAUAUUUGCCUGGGCAGAAAAGGUUUCCAAGAAGUAUGUCUCUAAGGAACUUGCCAAAGAGAUCCAUGCCAAGGCUGCUCCUUUUGUCAAAUGGCUGAAGGAGGCUGAGGAGGAGAGUGAGGGCAGCGAAGAGGAAGCGGAGGAAGAGGAUGAAAAUGUAGAGGUGGUGUACUCAUCCUCUGCCCGAGAGCUCAAAGUCGAGACUGUGAAAUCAGACGCGCCGGAAAAAGAAGAGGAUGACAUUGACAUCGAUGCGAUCUGAGAGACUGGUGUUUCUUUUUGUUGUGGCUUUGACUCUCUCAGUCCCCUCUGACCUGAAUGGCUGGCCCUCCCCCUGUUUUCCUACCUUUCCUGCCCUUACUCUUCCCAUCAUUCCUCCCAUCUCAACCCAUAAUAAUCUGCUUUGCGGCAUGACUUGUAACAGCGCUUUACUUGCUGCACAUUAACACGUUAACCCUGUAAUCUUGCAAAGUAUUAAGUUGAUCAAAUGAAGUUGCUUUGGGGAUUUUAAUCGUGGGUGUUUUGGAGACUAUUAUUCUGAUCGCACAUGUGUUUUGUUUCGUUAGUCCUAGUAUUUUCCAGUUAAUAAAGAGUGAAUGUUUUGCUAUCCACUA